GGCUGUCAGGAAAUUGAUGGACCCUCUGGUAUCCUACAUGACCUGUCUGCCCGUCCUAUAUUGCACUGAGGCUCCUAUGACAUGAGAACUUCCUGUCGCAAAGGACUGUGGGAAUUGUAGUUUCUAGCUCCUAUCGGUGCUGGGAUGAGCUGAUUUAUACAUGAAAGAUGUGGAUCUGUGUCAUGAAAUGCUCCCCUUUACAUCGAAUGCGACGCAUAGGUCUGGUCAGGCUCAGCUCUCACCUCCACGUGUCCGAAUAUGUCCCAUCUUGCCCAUCUGCAGAUCCAAAUGACGUGCAGAAGCUCCAAGACUUUAUUCUUCGCUCUCGGCGCCUGUUUGUCAUGACAGGAGCUGGCAUCUCUACGGAAUCAGGAAUUCCCGAUUACCGCUCAGAGGGUGUAGGGCUGUAUGCCAGGACUGAACGGAGGCCUAUCCAGCACGCAGAGUUUGUCAGGAGUCACGCUGCGCGCAAACGGUACUGGGCUCGCAACUUUGUAGGGUGGCCACAAUUUUCUUCCCAUAAGCCCAAUCCAUCACACCUGGCCCUGGCUAGCUGGGAGAAUACUGGGAAAUUGCACUGGUUAGUAACACAAAACGUAGAUGCUCUACAUGCCAAGGCCGGACAGCGUCGUAUGAACGAGUUACAUGGCUGUACUCAUAGGGUGAUCUGCCUCGGCUGUCAUACAGUAAUUAAGAGAUCUGAAGUUCAAGAAAAGUUUAUUGCUCUAAAUCCAUCUUGGAACGAGCAAGCAUAUGGAGUUGCACCGGAUGGCGACGUCUUCCUCACAGAUGAACAAGUGUCGUACUUCCGUGUGCCUUCUUGUGAGAAAUGCGGAGGUAUUCUUAAACCACAGGUGACUUUCUUUGGUGACACGGUAAACCGAGAAUUGGUGUACUCUCUUUAUGAGCGCUUAGGUGAAUCGGAUGCAGUGCUCGUUGUUGGAUCCUCGCUUCAGGUUUAUUCUGGAUAUCGGUUUGCACUGAAAGCCCAAGAGAAGAACAUUCCUGUUGCUAUACUUAACAUUGGAGCCACAAGAGCCGAUCACCUUUCAGCGGUUAAAGUUAAUGCUCGCUGCGGAGAUGUCUUACCCAAGAUAAUGGCAGUGGAUCAGGAGCAGCAAGAAAUUGGGGGCUGAAUAUUUUCAUGUGAACUUAAAGUGAAACCACCUGUUACCAUCCUGUCUUUUCUCAUUUUUAGGUCCGAAAUGUAAAAGGUAACAUGGUGGCUGCUUAUAUGCACCAGUUAGGGGUGCUUAGGUCUUAUUACAUUGCUCCCUCUAAAUUCAUGUCUGUGCAGGGUGAUUUGGAGCUCUGUAUACCAUAAAAAACGUGGCUCCCGCCAGUCAAAAUAUAUAUUAAGAAAUUCAUCUGCACAGUAUAUUGGACCAGUUUAGAGUGAGAAAAACAAAUGGUGGACCUUUACUUUAAAGGGUUUGUUCACUCCUUUACAAGUGAUGGUCUAUCAGAUUCAGGAUAGGACAUCAACAUCUGAUCGACUUCCAGAGCCACUGCCAACCGGCUGAUGGCGAGGAGGGGCAGUAUGUCUGACCUAUCCCAAUACGAUAUUGAUGGUCUGUCCUGAGAAUAGUUCAUCACUUGUAAAGGAGUAGAGCUACACAUGGUUAUUAUUAUUUUUUAUGCAACUGAUUUUUAUUAUGGAGUGAUAGCUACAGUCCACAAGACUACAACUAGAGCCAGUUUCAAACCAGUGUAAUAUGGGUGUACUCCUGCGCCUGUAUUACAAUAGUAAAUCCUGAGCCGACUGUGAGUCAGGUAAAACUUUCCUAAAGGUGCUUUCACACUUGCAGUUUGUUUUUGGAGUGGAUUUAAAAAAAGAGACAAAAUGGAAACUUUCCCAUAUAUUUCCCCUCCUGAAUGAUCCACUCGUGACAUUGGCUUAAAAGGGUUGUUCACCCCUGGUGGCUUUUCGGGCAGCCCCUCCCCCAGCGUAGCUGGAUCUGAGGAGGGCUCUGACCCCUUUUCUCCCUAGCGCUGCUGUCAUGUCACUGGUUCACAUGACGCAUCAGAGACUUGUCACCCCUGCUGCGAAGUACAAAAGCACCCUCAGGUCAUGGGUUAUACAGUAUAUGUAAAAAGCAAUAUUAGCAUAACUACAUUACACAGAUUCUAGUAAGAGCAAAUAAAAAUGGGCAUAAGUAUACUGAAAAUAGUUUGAAGAUACCACACAAAGACCACCAGAGUGUAUUGUCCAUCUUGGAUAGUAGUUUGUUACUAUGAUGAAACUACCUCACUUGCCACAUGCACCACUUGUGCACUUAACCUUUGGCUAACAUAUGUCAUUACUUGUAGGAUGGUGAAAGAAUGUGGCUGAUAUUAUUAUAUUGCCAAACUAUUAAAUCUGGUGACUCCAAUAAUAUAAUGAAGGUGUUUCUUCCCCUGCAAAUAUUAGAUUUUUAAACAUAUGCCCCGGCUCUCAUGCAUAACUGUAAAAACACCUAUAUAUUUGUUACUUUUCAAAUGAGCACACCUACCUAGGCACAGAACAUACAGUCUUCAUGCAGAUCAUGUCCUGGGGCAGAUUACAACUGCUCCACCGAACAGUGCUAACUGGUUCAGUGGGAAAUGAUAGAACUUUCUUAAUGUCUCUCUUAAUUUGCCCUGCGCUAGUCUCAUGCCUGUUUUUUUUUAAAUCAGAUAUUUUUUAUUCAACACAUUUUGAAAAUUGUACAAACAAUAGGGACUCAUACAUCUCAUGUAAUAUGGCAACAAGAAAUGGAAAUGACAUAUAGAGCCAAUAGUUGAGUCCCAGAACCCCCACCCAAUCCCCCCCAACUCCUAGCGAAGAGAUGGUCCUGCCAUUCUUAGGAUCCAUUCACACGUCCCUAGUGUAUUGCGGAUCUGUUCAAAUGACUUAAACUCCCUGUCCUUCUGCAGUUGGUACAGAAAUACCACUCCCUUCUCCUCCCACGGGGAGAACCCUUCCAGGUGGAAUAUUUCGGGUAACCGAGGGUUUUUCCACAGUUGAGUAGCCUGGGUGAAACCGUUUACUGACAGCAGAUCUCAGCAUUUGCGCCACACCUUGCAGAUUAAAUUAAUUGUAGGUAGUCCCGCAACCUGAGCGGGAAGACCACCCUAUUCCAACAAUACUAUAGGGAAUUUGCUUCUUAUAAUGUGAGCUAUUAGUUUUGCUGACUCAUUUCCCCCAAGGAGCCUGUUGCAUCUGUGAAGCGAUAAAGUAUGGCCAAGGAUUGGGGAUAGAUAAUCCUCCUGAAUCCUUUCCCCUCUGCAAGGUGUCCAGCUUCAUCCUGGCUGUUUUACGCCAGAUCAGGCUUCUAAACAAGCCCUGUAUUAAAAAAAAAGAUCCUUUGCAGGAGCCACACCGGGGAAUUAUACAAAACAUACAUAAGCUUCGGCAUAAGUAUCAUUUUAAGGAGAUUGCUUCUGCCCACUACAGUCAGUGGCAGCUUACACCAUGCAUUCAUUUUGUCAAUCAUACUUUUUAGAAGCGGAUCAAUACUAUCUUUUACAUAAUUGCCGAUAUCUGAUGAGACGUUAAUGCCCAGAUAUUUGAAACACUUAGCAACUUGUAGUCGGGUGGACAGAAGGAAGAAACCAGAGGGAAUCGGGUCCAACGAGAAGAGAAUAGAUUUAUCCCAAUUUAGACCUGAUUUAUCACCGAAAUCUUGUAUGAGGGACAUUAUAAGACCGAUCGACCCCUUCAAAUCCCCUAUGUAUAUUAGCAUGUCAUCCGCAUAUAGGGAGACACGUUCUUCACUAAUGAAUUGUAAUGGGACGGCUCACUCUCUAUAUACACGGAUAGGUGCCAAUGUCCAAAAUGAAUCACCCCUUCAAAAACAGUAAAAUUAAAUAGUAUUGUACCGGCACUGAAACAUAUGGGUUCUCGCAAAGAACCAAUAAAGUAAAAUAGUGCAAUUUAUUAAAUUAAAACAUAAAAGCAUGCAUACAUACACGUAAUAGUGGGGUGGAUGAGAUAAUGGAUGGACUAUCUCAUGUAACAAGUCCAUAAAAUGCAGGUAAUGCAUAAUGUCACCAAUGCAAAUACCUAUUCGGCAAAAUCCAUAGCAAACAGUCUCAUAAUAGGAUGAGUAGGGUACUCACUGUUUACUGCGCAAAUCUGUGGCGUCCCACAUGUAAGAGCGCUUACGUCGAUGUCGAUUCAAUCAAAUGCAAAAGGCAGAGUGUAGUUGCUUACUAACGUCAUAAAAUCGGAACUCCGUAAGAUCGCUUCAAUUACCGCGAGAUAAGCUGUUACUUUUUCUUUCGUAUAAUACAGACUCUUCAAUCGCGGCUAAAAAUCGCAGUGAAGCUUCGAUCUUUUGAUGAUAGAUUGCUAUCAGUAGCCAGCUGUUAAUAAAGUCGACCACCAGACGGUUUUCUUUCGUUCGUUUCAGAACGUAAUUUCCUUGGUAUCUUUCAAUGUUGCAUGGCCAUGCUUAAAUUUUCGGACUCUUUAUGAAUAUCCCAUCGAUCCCAGACGCGAGAGGAAGAAAUAGGGAUCUAUUUCAAAACGUGUCUGGGAUCGAUGGGAUAUUCAUAAAGAGUCUGAAAUUUUAAGCAUGGCCAUGCAAAAUUGGAAGAUACAUACUGGUUCAAUUGCUAUAGCAAAGAGUAGAGACCAGACAGCCUUGUCGGGUUCCCCUUUUCAGCUCAAAAGCCUCCGAAGUGUCACCAUUAGACCUAAUCCUUGCCAUAGGACAUUGAUACUUUUAUCUCUUGGGUUCAAUUUCUAUAUUGGCAAAGCCCAUAGCCCUCAACACCUUCCACAGAUAUUGCCAUUCAAUACUAUUGAAGGCUUUAGCUGCACCAAGGGAUAGUAUAGCCCGAUUCCUGACCGCCUCCAACUGCCUCUGAAUAUUGAGGAACAGCCGCCUGAGAUUAAGUGAUGUAUAUAGUAGUGUGUAUAAUAGUAGUAAUUACAGUUUGCAGCCUGUUUACUAGGACCUUAGCUAGAAUUUUAACGUCGGAGGUCAGUAAGAAAAUAGGUCUGUACGAAUCAGGAAGAGACGGGUCUUUCCCUGGUUUCGGCAAAACCACGACUAUUGCCUUCCUCAUUGAAGCAGGCAGUAGUCCCCUCUGAAAAGCCUUAUUAAACACUAUCAGUAACUAUGUUAAUAAGAUAGUACUAUAUUUUUUAAAGAGCUCCGCCGGUAACCCAUCUAGGCGCUUUUUCAUUCAGGAACGACUGAAGUGCCAUCUCUAGUUCCGCUAACCGUAAGGGUUAGUUUAGAUAAAUCUCGUGCCUCUUAAUGAAUUUGCUGCAUCUCCUGUUCUCCAUGGGCCAGACUGAAAUCUAUGCUAGCCAGGAGCAGACAUGGAUUUCAUAUGUAACGUACUCCAGUUUUCUGGUGCACGCCUCCUCAUGCCCUGCCCAUGUUUUGGUAGUGGUAAGCCAUAAUAAAUCUUCCUAAUGGAGUCUGUAUUUCUGACAUAUGCAUUAAAAGUGGCUUUCUUUAUACUUU